AUGAGUUUGAAUCUCACUGACCUUGAUGUCACAGUAUCAGAGGUGAGAGUCCCUGGUGUCUUGGAAAGUGGGAAAAUCCUGAACCAGAACCAGUACAAGCCUAUUUGCCAGACUUAUAAGAACAAGAGAAGGUUUUUAACUCUCUAUGACAUCAAGAACAAGAUUCCAGUGUUUUCUGCAUACAAGUACAUUGGAGAAGUGGAAAAAAAGCGACCCCGCAGUCACUGGCAGAUAGAGCCACAACUUGAGAAUGAAAAUGACAGCAACAACAUGAGGAGAAAAGACAAAGAGAAGAUCUACAAUCACCAGGCUGUCGACACUGAUUUCAAAUCCAAUGGAACAUAUGACAAAGGUCACAUAUUUCCAAGCUCUCAUGCACUCACUAAAGAUGACAAACUGGCUACUUUCACCCUGACCAACAUUGUUCCACAAGCAAGAACUUUCAACCAGGGAAGCUGGAACAAAAUGGAGAGGUGCAUCAAAUGUGUUAUGGACAAAUACUGCAAAAAUAGCAGUGGUGUCACUGAAGCUUUUGUGGUAACUGGAGCACAACCCAGCUCUAACAACAUCCUCAACAACAAGAUUAACAUUCCCUCCAUGCUCUGGUCGGCAUUCUGCUGCUACAGCUCCAACAUGGACAUGUGGAUCGCUAGCGCACACUGGGCAGGUGUUUAUCUGGAGGGCAUCAGCUUUAAAGCCAUAGGCGUGGUGUCUGGAAUUAACAAGGUGAAUUUUCACUGCAUGACUAACAACACUGCUCAUCGCACCAUUGAAAUUACAACAAAGCAGCUGAUUGUUAGGCGUGGCCAGCCCUUCCUGCUGACCCUGGAAAUGGUGCAGCCUUUCAGUGUCAGGGACACACUCCUGCUCACUGUGGAGACAGGUCCUGCUCCAUCAGAAAGACGUGGAACACGUUCUCAGUUUGGUAACCCGUCUCCCAAGUAUACCAGUGAUGUCAAGGCAAUAUGGAAGUAUGAGAUUGACAGGAGUGCUGUCCUGGAGAGGGGCAUUGUGGCUCUCUCUGUGACCCCACCAACUGACGCUCCUGUGGGGAAAUACUCCCUGUCUGCAAUGACAGAUGGUGAAACUAGAAAUCUUGGAACUUUGGUGGUGCUCUUCAACCCCUGGUGCUCUGGUGACUGGGUGUAUCUUCCCGAUGACAGAGAAAGACAGGAAUAUGUGAUGAAUGAAGAGGGAACCGUCUACACAGGAACAUCACACUACAUAGGUUCACGGCCCUGGAUCUUUGGACAGUUCGAGGAGGAAAUGGUGGACAUUUGUCUCAAGAUACUGGAUGCCAACCUCAAACACAGAAAAGACCCAGCUGGUGACACCUCUGCUCGUUGUAACCCCGUCUAUGUUAGCCGUGUGAUCAGUGCCAUGGUCAAUUCCAAUGAUGAUGAAGGUGUACUAGUGGGACGCUGGGAUGGAAACUAUAGUGAUGGAUGCAGCCCCACCUACUGGACUAGCAGCGUUAGCAUCCUUCAGCACUGGUUUCAAAACCGCUGCAAUCCUGUCAAGUACGGACAGUGCUGGGUGUUCGCUGCUGUAAUGUGUACAGUGAUGCGAUUCUUUGGUAUUCCAUGCCGUGUCGUCACCAACUUUGAAUCUGCUCAUGACUCAAACAAAAGCCUUACUAUUGAUCAAUAUUAUGAUGACUAUGGAGUCCAUAGCAAGGAGGCCUCCGAAAGUGUCUGGAACUUCCAUGUGUGGGUGGAGGGAUGGAUGAAACGACCAGACCUCAUGAAAGGUGGUAUCUAUGAUGGCUGGCAGGUCUUGGAUCCCACUCCACAGGAAAAAAGUGAAGGUAUGUUCUGCUGUGGUCCAGCCCCAGUCAACGCUAUCCUACGUGGUGACACAGACGUCAAGUAUGAUGUACCAUUUGUCUACGCUGAGGUCAACGCUGACAUUGUCAAAUGGAUGAUCAGUACUAACGGUUCAAAGAAGAAAAUGUACACUGACUCCAUGUCAGUGGGUCAGAGCAUCUCUACCAAGGCUGUUGGCUCCUGGAAAAGGGUUGAUAUCACUGACAGCUACAAGCACAGGGAAGGCAGCGCAGCGGAGAGAGCCAUAUUCAAACGUGCAGUCAGAAUGAACUCAAAAGAAGGUCAAGGAUGUGACAUAGAAGAGGCACCCCAGUAUGUUGAGAUGAAAAUCAAAGAGGAGACCAAGGCGAUAAAUGGCCAGGACAUUAAACUGAGGCUCAAGCUGAGCAGUAAGGAUCACACCAAUAAGGUGUUGUCUGUCCGUGUCAACGCUCAGGCCAUCAGGUACAACGGCAAUCCAGCGGGCAACAUCCUGAACAAAGUGCAGCACGUGACACUUCUGUCUGGACAAGAUGUGGCCAUACCUAUCCAGAUCCCCUUUGCAGAUUACAGUAAAUAUAUGGUGAACUGCGACAGCAUAAAGGUUUCAGCAGUGGCCAGUGACAGUGAUGAAUACUACCAGACUGAGACCAACAUCACCCUAGAGCAACCAGUCAUCUCCAUGAAGGUUUUGGAUCCAGUCCAUGUGAACCGUGAAAUGACAUUGGAGGUGGAAUUUAAAAACCCGCUCAAUGAGAGGCUGAGAAACUGCUCCCUGACAGUCAUUGGAUGUGGCCUUUUUAAAUCAGACUAUAUACAAAGUGACCUGCGUGAGGUAGAGCCAAACGCCACGCUGAGGGUCAAGAUUACCACGACUCCCUACAGAGCUGGACUGAAGACCGUGGUUGCUGACUUCGACUGCAGCAGCUUCAGAGACAUAAAGAGCUCCUGCUUCGUUGACGUUAAACCAUGA